GACAAAAUAAUCAAAGUUCUUCGAGAUUUUCUUCUCAGCCUUUUUGACCGCUGCUGUUUUCCGUCGUUCCAGGAAGUGUUCUGUGAAGAGGUCGCCAGAAAACAGCUCGACUCCCGCUGGUUACAUGAUCAGUUUCACGAUUACAGCUGGUUGAAAACAUCGUGUAAAAUGUCUGGAAGUUCUCAGCUGGAGAACGCUAACCCCGUCAUCUUCCAGCGGUCCGGGGAAAGGCAGCAGACGGCGGCCGAGGAGGACGAGGACGUGCACGACCCCAUCGACGACCGGGAAAUAUUUGAUUUGAUCCGAUCCAUCAACGAUCCGGAGCAUCCUCUGUCCCUGGAGGAGCUGAACGUUGUGGAACAAGUCCGAGUCCAGGUGAACGAUGCAGACAGCACCGUGAGCGUGGAGUUCACGCCCACCAUCCCGCACUGCAGCAUGGCUACACUGAUCGGCCUGUCCAUCAAAGUCAAGCUCCUGCGCUCUCUUCCCAGCAGGUUCAAGAUCGAUGUCCACAUCACUCCAGGAACCCACGCUUCAGAGGCUGCAGUGAACAAGCAGCUGGCAGACAAAGAGAGAGUGGCUGCUGCUCUGGAGAACUCGUCUCUGCUGGAGGUGGUCAACCAGUGUCUGACCUCCAGGAGCCUCUGACCCCCCCCUCAGCACUGACCGUCCACCGAGCGUCCUCUGUGUUUGACCAACGAUCCAGCUGUAUUCACAGCAGCAGAGCAGACCAAGAAAAAAACCUGAAAACAGAACAAAAACAUAUAAUUUCUUUAAUGUUCUCUGACCUGUUUGUUUUUUUACAUGUAAAUAUUU